AUGUCUGCUUCAGCGCCAGAGCAGACUCCUGCAGUGCCUGCACCUGUCUCUGACGGCGGUGUGGUUGCUACUCCAGCCUCUGCAAAUGCUGCGCCUGCGACAGCUCAAGCAAAUGUCGCCAGCGAUUCUCUCACCUGUCAAUGGGCCAACUGCGGCGAGCGCUGCAACUCACCCGAACAGCUUUACGACCACGUCUGCGAACGUCAUGUCGGCCGCAAGAGCACCAAUAACUUGAAUCUGACUUGCCAGUGGGGCAACUGUCGUACCACCACGGUGAAGCGUGAUCACAUCACCUCGCACAUCCGUGUGCAUGUACCACUGAAGCCUCACAAGUGUGAAUUCUGUGGCAAGGCCUUCAAGCGUCCUCAGGAUCUGAAGAAGCACGUCAAGACCCACGCUGACGACUCAGUCUUGCUCCGGUCUCCUGAGCCAAACCGCGCCCAGCACGGCCCUGGCUAUGCUUCCGGUCCUGGUAAGGUCGGCGCUGACUUGCGGGCUCUUGCCGCCACAGCGAGCGGAUACUAUCCCGAUGGCGCUCUAGGUCAGACUGGUUAUUCCCACCACUCCCAACCCAAUGCCGCUGCUUUCUACGGCAGCGCUCCACCAAAUUCCGCGUAUGGUCCAGUGUACUACGCCGUCAAUCCUGCUGCAAACAGCAUGACAAACGAUUACGAGGUUCGAAAGCGUGCCGCAUACGAUGCUCUCAACGAAUUUUUUGGCGACGUAAAGCGUCGUCAGAUCGACCCAUCCACCUACUAUGACGUCGGCCAAAGACUGGCUGGUCUGUCUAGUGCUCCUCUCCCUGUCCAUGGCAACUAUAACGAGUACCAGGGCGCCGGUACUAUGGUGGCUUCAGCUGGUCACCAUCAAUCUGGCCACCACUACUCUUUGCCACUCCCAGCUCUUCGCACCAAAUCUGAUCUGCUUGGCGUCGAUUCAUUCCUUGACCAACUUCAAUCCACUGUUUACGAAAAUCCUAACCAUUUGGCAGCCGCUGGUGUCGCUCAACCCGGUAUUCACCAGUAUCACUCUGGUCUCAACUACCGCUCGAGCAACUCCCCACCAACGCAAGUACAUGUCUCUCAACCUGCUUCAUCGCACCAGCACUCGAGCGCGCCUGCUACGGAGACUCCAGCUCUAACUCCAGCCUCGAGUGUACUUUCAUACAACUCCCACUCGCCCAGCUCCGUCCACUCUUCCCACACCAUUUCCCCAACUACUCGUCAAAACAUGGGAAGCAUGUACCCAACUCUCCCAUCCGUUAGUGCCAUGUCAGACAUGUCAAACGCGUAUCCUGCCACCAGCAGCGCGCCACCAAGUGGCCUUGGCGGUGCCUUCAGAGCAGACGGCGCACGUCGCUACUCUGGUGGUCUCCUGCAAAAAGCUGCUCCAGCUCACGAUAGUCAACCUAGUGACGCAAUGGACACGUCUUCCGAUUCGGGCUCGACGAAGACUUCUCGUCGUAGCUCAAUUACUGGCGACCGUGAUGGCUUGCGACACGAAGUCAACAAGCUCAACAUCUCGUCUUCUUCAGUCCCUCUCGAUCCUAGCCUGCGUAGUCCAAGCGCUCAAAGCGCUGGCUCGAAUGACAACAUGUCUGACCAACAACAAGAGUUGUGGGUCGAGAACAUUCGCACCAUCGAGAAGAUACGCAGCUAUAUCAAGCAACGUCUUGAGGCUGGCGAGUUCGACGACAGCGAGGACGAUGGGUCGAGAACUCCUACUGGUUCGAAGCCUGAGCCCAGUGAUGAGCAAAGCCUGUAUCCAGUACUCAAGGCCGUCCAAGAAGGCCGCGAAUAA